AUGGCAUACUCCAAACUGCCUAAUGCCUUGGAAGCAAUCCCUAGACUACCUUAUCGCAACUUGGGCAAAUCAGGAUUGCGAGUCCCUCCAUUUAUUCUCGGUUGUGCUGGCUUUGGAUCGCCAGAGUGGGCAGACUGGGCAAUUUCUUCUGAAGCUGCGAUGCCUAUUUUGAAGGCUGCUUGGGACGCAGGUAUCCAAACCUUUGACACUGCCAAUGUCUAUUCAAAUGGCGAGAGCGAGAAAAUUCUAGGAUGCUUUAUGAAAGAAUACAAUAUCCCGCGACACCAAGUGGUUAUUAUGACAAAGGCGUAUAUGCUUACGGACGAUCGACCGGAGUUCGGUUGUUCACGCAUUGGUCGAGGUCUAGACGCUUCGACCUACCGUGAUUUUCAGAAUAAUUUCGGCUUGUCCCGAACUGCCAUCUUUAACCAGGUUGAAGCUUCGCUCAGGCGUUUACAAAUGGACUAUAUCGAUGUCCUACAACUUCAUCGGUUGGAUCGUGGUGUAGAUAAAGAAGAGAUAAUGAUUGCCCUGCAUGACCUUGUUAAGCUGGGCAAAGUUCGCUAUAUCGGGGCAUCUUCGAUGCGAGCUGUUGAGUUUGUGCAACUCCAACAUAUUGCUUCUGUCAAGGGUCUUACUCAGUUCAUCAGCAUGCAGUCUUAUUACAACUUGCUGAAUCGUGAGGACGACCAUGAGCUUAAUUUCUUCGCUCGCGAAACUGGAGUUGCACUUAUGCCGUGGUCCCCACUCGCCAGGGGAGCAUUGGCUAGAUUGCCACCUACAGAUGACGACACUCUCUCAAAACGACAAGCUCUAGAAAAGGAUGACCCAAACUACGCGAUUACUGAUGUCGAUCGACAAGUAAUUCAAAGAGUCCACGAAAUUGCGCAGAAGAGAGGCUGGACAAUGGCUCAGGUCGCUUUCGUCUGGGUUAAAGAGAAGACAACAGCGCCCCUAGUAGGAGCUCACUCGAUCGAAAGGCUUAAUGAAUAUCUCGAGGCUGCAAGUAAAGAUUGGAAACUAUCAGUUGAGGAACAGGAGUAUUUAGAAGAACUCUACGAGCCCAAACAACGAAUUUUUGAUUCAAAGUGA